UCCAGCUUUAGCACAAUCUCAUCCGCUCUGAACCGCGCUCGGCAGAACCUCGUAACCACACACACACACACGCACACACACACGCACACUCUCACGACGGCCCGUCCUGCUCCAGCAUGGCCAGCACCAUUAAGGAGGCGCUGUUGGUGGUGAGUGAGGAUCAGUCUUUAUUCGAGUGUUCGUACGGAGCGCCUCAUUCUAAGACGGACAUGACGGCCUCCGCCGCCGGCGAAUACGGCCCGAGCAAACUCAGUCCCAGAGUGCAUCAGCAGGACUGGCUGGCUCCGCCCACCGGACGCGUCACCGUCAAGCUGGAGUGCGGCGCUGGAGCGCAGGUGAGCGGAUCCAGGGCCUCUCCUGAUGUGUGUGCUGCGGUCAAGGGGAAGGUUUCUCCAGUGAUGUACAGCAGCUUUAUGGAGGACAAGCACGCAGCGCCGCCCAACGUGACCACCAGCGAGCGCAGAGUGAUCGUCCCUGCAGAUCCGAGCCUGUGGUCGGCGGAUCACGUGCGUCAGUGGCUGGAAUGGGCCGUGAAGGAGUACGGGCUUCCCGAGGUGGACCUGUCUCUCUUCCACAGCAUCGACGGGAAGGAGCUCUGCAAGAUGAGCAAAGACGACGUCCAGCGCCUGACCAGCAGCUACACGGCCGAGAUCCUGCUGUCUCACCUGCACUACCUCAGAGAGACUCCACUUCCUCACUUGACUUCAGAUGAUGUUGACAAAGCCUUGCAAAACUCCCCGCGGUUAAUGCAUGCUCGCAAUACAGGAGGAGCCAGCUUCAUCUUCCCAAACACCUACCCUUCGGACGGCAGCAGAGCAGACGUGAGUUUCCACAGCCGGCGCUCUGGAUGGACUCAGCCGGCGUCUGCAGCUAAAGUUGCCAUCACGAGCAAACCCCAAGAGCAGAGAGCUCAGUUAGAUCUGUAUCAGAUUUUAGGGCCGACAAGCAGCAGACUGGCGAAUCCAGGUUCGGGUCAGAUCCAGCUGUGGCAGUUCCUCCUGGAGCUUCUCUCCAACAGCUCCAACUCGUCCUGCAUCACGUGGGAAGGAACCAACGGCGAGUUCAAGAUGACUGAUCCGGACGAGGUGGCGCGGCGCUGGGGCGAGAGGAAGAGCAAGCCCAACAUGAACUACGACAAGAUGAGCCGAGCCAUGCGCUACUACUACGACAAGAACAUCAUGACCAAAGUGCACGGCAAGCGCUACGCCUACAAGUUCGACUUCCACGGCAUCGCGCAGGCCCUGCAGCCGCAUCCGCCCGACUCCUCCAUCUACAAGUACCCCGCCGAGCUGUCCUACAUGAGCUCGUACCCGCACCCGCAGAAGAUGAGCUUCGUGUCUCCACACACUCAGGCCAUGAACGUCGCCUCGUCCGGCUCGAUAACGUAG